AUGAGCGGGAGACCACCCCCUCGCAAGGGGCGCAGGGGCAACAACCACUCCUACAACAAUGGCGGCUCCCGAGAAAGCGGCCCCCGCUAUGCCCAGCAGUCCGAUUACGAUAGUGACGCCAUCAACACCAGCUAUGCGGUCCAGCCCAGCGAUGCCGAGAACCGCAUGUACGACCCCAAAAACUACGUGCCAGAAGUGGACGGGUCGGUUACCUAUGUGCACACCACCCGUACCAACUACGAGCUCAACAUGUCCGUGCUGAAGCGCUACGUCUCUGGCCUCCGCGCCAUCCCCUUGACCUGCUCCUUCGUCCGGCUUUACGAGUGGUCUUCAACAACAAACUCCUGGGAACUGCGCGAUGUCGAGGGCCCCAUGUUCCUUUGCGAGUGCGACCCUAUCGUCCUGCCCACAGGCCACGAACUACCACAGGUCAACCUCUUUGUGCUGAAUCGACGUAGUAUGGAGAAUCUCACCAUCAACCUGUCAAAAGUCGAGAUGUACGAGGCCACCAACGAGAAGUUUCUGAGUCUGAAAAUGGAGGCCGACGAAGCUGGCGGAACCGGGAGGGCCCUCGGCUUUCAUUUACACAGCACCGAGGAGAAAGAGGGUCAGUGUCCCGUGGAGUAUCCCGACUGGAGUCUUAUUGAGGCCCAGUGGCAGAAGGCAAGGGCAGCCUUGAGCGCGGUUAAUAACCAGGUUGUCGGGGCUCAGUAUGAGCAGGGCAUGCCGAACAACGGGGCUGCCGCUGCAGAUUACACUCAGGCGCCAGCACCAUGGGCAUCUCUGGGAGCGUUCAGUGGAAACAGCGAAGGGAUCGACAACACCAUCAUGACACCCGCCAAACUUUCCCGAGCCCCAAGGCCAUUGUCACAGUCAAGCGUCAUUAGCCUGCCUGAAAAUCUCGUUCAAGCUGCGCAAACUCAAAUUGAUCUCAUCGCCUCGUGUCGGCUUUGGCUCGACAACCACACCUCGAUCGGAUGCAAUGCUUCAUCGUGGCGCGAGGUCAACGCCAAACUUGUAUCCCAUGUUGCUGAAUACAGGAUCCGAAUCGAGGAUUUGAAGCUAAAAUACUUGGACGGAGAGCCAAUUCGAGCCGAAAAUGAAGAUCAAGACGGGGCAAUUCCCGACGAUGCAUGGAAGCUGCAAGUGCGAGAAAGCGAAUCUGAUCCACUGAUGCUCAUUUUAACGACUGGGGAGGAUGACCCGAUUGUUGAGGUCAAGUUCGAGAACCGAGAUCAACUGGAGUCAGCUAUGGGGGACAAGUACUUCGGAUAUAUCACCAAGGUGUUCCAAGCCUUUGAACAAGCCGAGUGGGAUCUUGUCCAGCAGUUCCGUAUGUCGAGGGAGAUUGAGGAGGAAAGGGAAGCACUCAGUCAACCACCAGAGGAAACAGUCCAGAAGCACAUCGACUUGCUAAAAGAGUACAACGACAUGAAGGACAUUGGCCAGCAGCUCAUUGGCUUGAUUGCCGAUAACAAGGGGAUGUCUAUCGGCGCAUUGUAUGAAGAUGGGCAGUACGGGGUGACUGCUGAUGACUGA